UCCGCCUAGCAGAAAUGUCAGACCUUUUUCUUGGGUUCGAUUUCAGCACACAGCAGAUCAAGGUGAUAGCUGUGGAUGGUGAUCUGAAUGUGAAGUAUGAUGAGCAUGUCAAGUUUGACACCGACCUCCCAGAGUUUGGGACAGAGAAUGGUGCCCAUAUCCACGCAGACAAGAUUACAGUGACAGCCCCCACGGUCAUGUGGGUGAAGGCCCUGGACUUGUUGCUGGAUAAGAUGAAGAAUGCUGGUUUUGACUUCUCCAGAGUAGCUGCCAUGUCAGGAGAUGGACAGCAACACGGCAGUGUAUAUUGGAAGAAGGGAGCAAGGUCAAUAUUACAGAAUCUUUCUGCAGACAAAUCCAUGUACGAUCAGUUGAAGGACAGUUUUGCCAUCCCUGAAUCGCCUAUAUGGAUGGAUGCAAGCACCUCCUCCCAUAUCAAGACACUGGAAGGCGCAGUUGGCGGACCGCUGGAGCUGGCAAAAAUAACCGGGUCAAGAGGGUUUGAGCGUUACACUGGAUUACAGAUCAUGAAGAUUGUUGAGACCAACAGAGAAGGCUACAAUAAUACCGAGCGUAUAUCUCUUGUGAGCAGUUUUGGGGCAAGCCUUCUCCUGGGUGACUAUGCUCCCAUAGACUACAGUGAUGGCUCUGGGAUGAACCUGCUGGACAUCAACAAGAAAACAUGGUCCUCAACAUGCCUGGAGGUGUGUGGUCCUGGUUUAGCAGCAAGGCUUGGGGAUCCUGUACCAGCUAAUACUGUUGUGGGCAGUGUCAGCCAGUACCUGGUGUCAAAAUACGGGUUCCGGGCAGACUGUAAGGUCAUUGCAUUCACAGGGGACAAUCCUGCGUCCCUGGCCGGGCUCGCGCCCAGUGAGGGCGAUGUCAUUGUAAGCCUUGGUUCAAGUGACACUGUGUUUCUAUGGAUACCACGGGCCACACCCAGUAUGGACGGGGUCAUCUUUGUGAACCCCAUAGAUCAGGCCACGUUCAUGGGCCUUGUCUGUUUCAAGAAUGGUUCUCUGUCGCGGGCUGCAGUUAUGGAGCGUUGUGCAGGGGGAUCAUGGGAUACGUUCAGCGAAAUGUUGCAGAAAACACCGCCUGGAAACAAUGGAAAUAUUGGUCUAUACUUUGAUGUGCCAGAAAUACAGCCUGUAGUCAUGGGGACGUACAGAUUUGAUGAACAUAACAAACAAGUUGAAAGUUUCCCACCAGAGGUGGAGGUGAGAGCCAUCUUGGAAGGCCAGUUCCUAGCAAGACUCAUGUAUGCACAGAAAUGUGGACUUACCAUAGGUCCUUCCACAAGAGUGAUAGCCACUGGAGGAGCCUCAGCCAAUAGCUCCAUACUACAGGUGAUAGCGGACAUCUUCAAUGUAGAGGUGUAUGUCACAGAUGUGCCAAACUCUGCUGCACUUGGGGGAUGUUACCGGGCCAUCUAUGCUCUUGCCCCGAAAGGAAGCUCCUUCUCUAAAGUGAUAAAUCCAGCAGUUGAACACCAGCCAGUCUGUACAUGCAAACAUUCACCCGGCCUUGAGAAAGCAUACCAGCCAAUGUUGGAGAGAUACAGACAGUUGGAGGAGCAGGUGACCACCUUGUACCAGGCAAACCAGGGCAACAAAUAAGGGGAAGGCCACUGUAAUGAAACCAACACAACCAUUUGAGACAAUGAACAGGAUCUUGGUGUAUGAAUUGUCAUAAAAUAUUUACUGAGAAUAACUGAAAACCAAUGCAGCGUUUACAUCAACUAACAGUUAUAUUUGAAGUGAUUAAUGGGAUAUAUCUAUAACAAUAAACAGAACUACAGCAAUUAACAGUAUAUAUCUACACCAUAAAUGGAUUCAACUUCCACAGCAAGAGAAUAAACCUUUAUAAAUCAAUUGACUGGAUAUGGCUACUACAAUUCACUUAAUAUUGGUACAGUCAUUGACUUCAUAUGGCUACAACAGUUGACUCGAUAUGACUACAAUAAUUGACUGGAUAAGGCUACAACAAUCAACUCUAUAUGACUACAAUAAUUGACUGGAUAUGGCUACAAGAAUCGACUCUAUAUGACUACAAUAAUUGACUUCAUAUGGCUACAACAGUUUACUCUAUAUGACUACAAUAAUUGACUGGAUAAGGCUACAACAAUCGACUCUAUAUGACUACAAUAAUUGGCUUCAUAUGGCUACAAAAAUCGACUCGAUAUGACUACAAUAAUUGACUGGAUAAGGCUACAACAAUCGACUCCAUAUGGCUACAAUAAUUGACUUCAUAUGACUACAACAGUUGACUCGAUAUGAUUACAAUAAUUGACUGGAUAUGGCUACAACAAUCAACUCGAUAUGACUACAAAAAUUGACUUCAUAUGGCUACAACAGUUGACUCGAUAUGGCUACAACAAUUGACUGGAUAAGGCUACAACAAUCGACUCGAUAUGACUACAAAAAUUGACUUCAUAUGGCUACAACAAUCGACUCGAUAUGACUACAAUAAUUGACUGGAUACGGCUACAAAAAUCGACUCGAUAUGACUACAAAAAUUGACUGGAUAAGGCUACAACAAUCGACUCGAUAUGACUACAAUAAUUGACUGGAUAAGGCUACAACAAUCGACUCGAUAUGACUACAAAAAUUGACUUCAUAUGGCUACAACAGUUGACUCGAUAUGGCUACAAUAAUUUACUGGAUAAGGCUACAACAGUUCACUCUAUAUGACUACAAUAAUUUACUGGAUAAGGCUACAACAGUUCAAUCUAUAUGACUACAAUAAUUGACUGGAUAUUGCUACAACAAUCGACUCGAUAUGACUACAAUAAUUGACUUCAUAUGGCUACAACAGUUGACUCGAUAUGGCUACAAUAAUUUACUGGAUAAGGCUACAACAGUUCACUCUAUAUGACUACAAUAAUUGACUGGAUAUUGCUACAACAAUCGACUCGAUAUGACUACAAUAAUUGACUUCAUAUGGCUACAACAGCUGACUCGAUAUGGCUAAAAUAUUUGACUGGAUAAGGCUACAACAGUUCACUCUAUGUGACUACAAUAAUUGACUGGAUAUGGCUACAACAAUCGACUCGAUAUGACUACAAUAAUUGACUUCAUAUGGCUACAACAGUUGACUCGAUAUGACUACAAUAAUUGACUGGAUAAGGCUACAACAAUCGACUUGAUAUGGCUACAAAAAUCGAUUCAAUAUGACUACAAUAAUUGACUGGAAAAGGCUACAACAAUCGACUCGAUAUGACUACAAUAAUUGACUGGAUAAGGCUACAACAAUCGACUCGAUAUGACUACAAUAAUUGACUGUAUAUGGCUACAACAAUCGACUCGAUAUGGCUACAAUAAUUAACUUCAUAUGGCUACAACAGUUGACUCGAUAAGAUUACAAUAAUUGACUGGAUAAGGCUACAACAAUUGACUUGAUAUGACUACAAUAAUUGACUUUAUAUGGCUACAACAAUCGACUCUAUAUGACUACAAUAAUUGACUGGAUAAGGCUACAACAAUCAACUCGAUAUGACUACAAUAAUUGACUUCAUAUGGCUACAACAGUUGACUCGAUAUGACUACAAUAAUUGACUGGAUAAGGCUACAACAAUCAACUCGAUAUGGCUACAAUAAUUGACUGGAUAUUGCUACAACAAUUGACUCGAUAUGGCUACAAAAAUCAACUCGAUAUGACUACAAUAAUUGACUGGAUAGGGCUACAACAAUUGACUCGAUAUGACUACAAUAAUUGACUGGAUAAGGCUACAACAAUCGACCCGAUAUGACUACAAUAAUUGACUGGAUAAGGCUACAACAAUCGACUCGAUAUGGCUACAACAAUCGACUCGAUAUGACUACAAUAAUUGACUUCAUAUGGCUACAACAGUUGACUCGAUAUGACUACAAUAAUUGACUGGAUAAGGCUACAACAAUCGACUCGAUAUGACUACAAUAAUUGACAGGAAAAGGCUACAACAGUUCACUUUAUAUGACUACAAUUAUUGACUGGAUAAGGCUACAACAGUUCACUCUAUAUGAAUACAAUAAUUGACUGGAUAAGGUUACAACAAUUGACUGUAUAUGGCUACAACAACUGACUGUAUAUUGCUACAUCAACUGACAGUAUAUAUUUCAACAACUGCAUGUAUAUGGAUACAAUAAUUGACUGUAUAAGGCUACAACAAAUGACUAGAUAUAGCUACAACAACAGAUGGUAAACAGCACAGCAACUGACUGAGUAUGGCUACAACAACUGACUGUAUAUAGCUACAAUAAUUGACUGGAUAUGGCUUCAAUAAUUGAUUGUAUAUGGCUACAACAAUUCAUGGUGUAUAGCUACCACAUUUGACUGUAUAUGGCAACAACAACUGACUGUAUAUGGCUAUAACAAUUGACUGGAUAUGGCUACAACAACGGAUGGUAUAUAGCUUUUAUUGCUACAACAAUCGACUGGAUAUGGCUACAACAAUUGACUGGAUAUGGCUACAGCAACUGACUGUAUAUGACUUCAACAAUUUACUGAAUAUGGCUACAAUAAUUGCUUUUAUGGCUACAACAAUCGACUGGUUAUGGCUACAUCAAUCGACUGGUUAUGGCUACAUCAAUUGACUGGAUAUUGCUACAUCAAUUGACUGGAUAUUGCUUCAAAAAUUGACUGGAUAUAGCUACAUCAAUUGACGGUGUAUGGUUACAUCAAUUGACUGGAUGUGGCUACAACAAUUGACUGGAUAUAGCUACAUCAAUUGACUGGAUGUGGCUACAACAAUUGACUGGAUGUGGCUACAACAAUUGACUGGAUAUGGCUACAACAAUUGACUGGAUGUGGCUACAACAAAUGACUGGAUAUGGGUGCAAUUAUUGUCUGGAUAUAGCUACAUCAAUUGACUGGAUAUGGUUACAACAGUUGACUAAAUAUGGCUUCAAAAUUUGACUUAAUACAGUUAUAGAUAAGCUCCAACAAAUAAUGGUUUGAACAACAUUAACAACAGGAUAUAACUAGUAAUGGAUCCUUUUACCACAUUUAAUGAAUAUUACUUUGAUCAAUUAUUAGGAUACAGGCUAAAACAAUUGACUAGCUAUGGCUACAACUCCUUUAUUUACAGUGCCAGAAAUGGGGCAGUUUAAGAAGACAAUAUUUCUGCAAAUGGGACAGUUUAAGCAGUUUCAGAAGAUAGCAUUUCUGCCCAGUUUAAAAAGGCAAAUUCAGAAGAUUAUUUCUGCCCAAUGUGGAUUAAUGGGACAGUUUUAGAACAUAGGAUUUCGACCAUAACACAGAACAUAGGAUGUCUACCGUAGUGUAAAUAUUAAGUUCAAGUUCACUGUUGACUAAUAAUUGUUUUGUUUGCAUGAAAUGUUAAAUCAACUGUUGGUUUUUGUUAUUCAGUUAUUUUGUCAAAAGCAAAAUUGUGACCCUUUUGAAUGAUUGAAAUUUUGUUCUAAAUAAAUUUAUAUUAAAUUUAUUAAAGUGUACCACUCAUAGGUCAUUUAAUGAUUGUUGUUUUUUUAUUAAAAAUAUAUGCAAAACUGAGUCUUUUGGAAUUGAUUGUGUGAUCAGCUCUUCAUGUUAUGAUCUUAUUAUCAAAUCAAAAGUAACAUUUUUUAAACAGACAUUCAUUUAAUGAUAGGCGGUAAUUCAUCUUUCUUUUUUUUAAAUAAAAUAAAUGUAAUUUCUAGGAUUUUUGAAACUAUUCCUUUUACAACUCUGAAAGAAGGCUUUAAAAAAUCUAGUCAUACUUUUUUCACAGUCCCUUAAUGGAAUGCUAUUGAUGAAUAUUUUAAAGCACAGUCAUUAUGAUACAUCCUUAUGUAUCUUUGUUGUAUCUUACAUCCUUAUGUAUCUUUGUUGUAUCUUCAGUCUCUAAAACAUAUGCUUUCUUCAUUUGCCUGUCUUAAAAGCUUAUGUAUUUAAAAUGAACAUUUGUACACAGUGCAAUGCUUAAAAAUAAUGUAGAUGAAUAAGUCGGGAAAUAAAAACCCUACCACCAUUGGUUUAGUAUGCAUACUUUUGUGAAUAGAAUUCUGCUUCAUAUGAUAACUGCCUAAAUGGAUGCUGGUGUCAUUAAGCGUGUGUCAAUAUUUCUGCAGGCUUUCCAGUGGUCUUUUAAAAGAAAAAAGGCUGUGCUUAAGUUCUUUUAAAAGUAUAAAAUAGCUGAGAGAAAACCCUCCUUUUUCUUUGAAAUUUUUUAACUUCAUAUUUCCUGUCAAAUUUGUUCAUUUUUCCUGUCAAGUACAAAUUUCCUGUCAAGUUACAUAAAAAAUAAGCAUGAACUACAUCAGAAUCCACCAUUUUAGACUACAUUUAGCCAAAAAAUUUGGGGGAGGACACUUAAUGUAUGCUUUACUAGUUAAUAUAUCUCAACUGUAUUAACCCUUAGGCUGCUGAUGGCGAUUUUAAAGGCUUUGUAAACAGCUUGGAACCAGACCAGACCCCGAGUAACUCGGCGCCUGGUCAGGUUCCAAGCUGGUUGCCACUCAGUCAAUAUAUACCCAAAGUUUUAAGUAAAUUGAAAGAAAUUUAGAAUAAACCAGACGACAUUUUUGAGCAGACGACAAUUUACCCAGCAUGCAAAGGGUUAAACAUUAUUUUUUCUAGUUCUUUAAAAACAGAUUGCUUUUUCAUACAGUUGCUAGUGGAUUUUUACAUUCAGUACUGGUACUGGUUGUGAGUUGUGUACAAAGUCUUCAUUGUUGAGUAUACAGUCAAGGCCAGCUGUAGCUCAAACUGGUAGACAUACUAUCAUUUCAAAUUUCAUAUGUGAUCUGAGCGCUUCUAUUCAAGGGUAAGAGCUUCCAGGAACAUCAUUAAUAUCUGAGAAUGGAUAUCUAAAUAUCGGAAUUUGUCAACAUAGCAGGAAAAUUUGUCAACAUUCAAAUGUUUUCGCUCUUCAUGAUAAGUGAACAGACUUUGGAACAAAGGUGUCUUUAUUGUAACCGUUUUGGCCAUCAGGCAGUGUUUUAGAAGCAUUCAAGAGGCCUUCUGCAAGCAAAUUGCCAAAUUUUCAAAUUGUUUCUUUAUAUUCUGUCAUAACCAAGAAAAGAAAGUUUUUAGGUAUAAAUGAUUUAAUAUGUACUAUGUGGUUUAUUUUUAUGUUGCCUUUAUAUUCUAAUAAAAUUAUUCUAGUCA